AUGGGUUUGAGCAGAGUUACAUUGGGCUUUUUGGGCCUGUUCUUCACAGCAGGCUCCGUCUUGCUAAUCUUCCUCACACUGCUGGCUGGUGCUCGCAACAGCACUCCACUGAAUGAGAUCUAUUUCCUGCAGGCGGACACAGGAAAUAUUCCUGGGGCUCCGACAACUUCGCGAUGGACCUUCUGGAACGUCUGCAGUGUGAACAGCGAGGGCAGGAGUGUAUGCGGCAAAUCACACCCCGACUACCCAUUCGACCCCCAAGCCACCGCACUUUUAACACCGAUAACAAGCCACUACUUCUUGAUGUCGCGUUUCAUGUUCCCCUUCAUCAUCAUUGGUCUGUUCUUCAUCGUGCUGUCGCUCUUCACCGGUCUGCUAGCCAUGUGCACGCGUAUUGCAGGCUAUCUCUCUGGUUUCCUCGCCUGGCUCGGCCUGACCUUCCAGGUCAUCACCACCUGUCUCAUGACUGCUGUCUACGUCCAGGGCCGCGACGCUUUCAACAGAAAUGGCCAAAGCUCCAAGGUCGGCGUCAAGGCCUUCGCAUUCAUGUGGACUGCAACCGCCUGUCUCUUCAUCGCAUGUCUGAUGUACUGCCUUGGUGGUGCCGUCGGCCGCAAAGACAAGUCUGGAUACAGUGGACGCAAGGAACGCCGCCGUGGCUUCUUCUCUUCGCAGCGCUCUAACAGUGUGAAGAGCCAAAACAAGGAGCGCGAGAACACUUCCUUCCCCGCUUAA